AGCCCACUCGUGGCCAGCGGUCACGCGGACGGCACUAUACGCCUGUGGGACGCGACUACCGGUGAGCUGAGAGUGACUUUUGCCGGACACAAGUCGCCCGUCACUGCCCUGUGUUUCGACGCCGUGGGUCUUAAGCUGGCCUCCGGUGGCAAAGACACGGAGAUUGUCGUGUGGGACGUGACCACUGAGUCGGGUCUGUGGCGUAUGCGCGGCCAUAAGGGACCGGUGACUAAACUCCAGUUCAUGACAGACCAUCCGGUGCUGGUGUCCGCCUCGAAGGACACGUACGUCAAGUUCUGGCAUAUGUCGACUCAGCACUGCUUUAAGACACUCGUCGGCCACCGCUCGGAGGUGUGGAGUUUCGCGCUGACAGACUCUGACCGCCGGUUGAUUACCGGCGCCGGCGAUAGUGAGCUCCGGGUGUGGCGUAUUGUGCAUCGCGUGGACGACGCGGACGAGUUUGUGGCCAAAUUGGCCGCUCUUAAGCUGAAGGCGGCCGCCGUUGGCGACGAUAAUGACGGCGACAUCGAUGACGAGGUGGGCGACGACGAGUCGGGCGCCGAUCGGCUGAUUGUCGAGCGUAUUGGAACUGUUAUGCGGCGAAGCACUCAACGCUUGUCCGACAUAUGCGUGGAUCAAACGGAACGGCUAUUGAUUUGUCACUCAAAGGAUCCGUACGUCGAGUGCUUUAAACUUCGUACGGAUGAAGAGAUGAAGAAGUCUAUCGGAAAACGUGCUAAAAAGGCCGCUCGAAAGCGACAGCUCAAAAGCGACGAGACCACCGCUGGUGAUGACAAUACAGACACCAUCGAUGAUCACCCACUGGACAGCUCACUGAUUGAGCCGACACUAACCGACGCCAUUGAACGCCUGGAACCGAUCCGUACGGACAGCGGGGCUAAAGUGAAAUCAGUGGAUGUCGUGGCCGUUAAGUCCGACUUCAAAGUGGCCAUACUUUUGAUGGACAAUUCGGUGGAACUGUUUUCGCUGCGACCGCAGUCAUCGCCGGCCACCGAACUCUACGGCCAACUCCGACUGCAGGGCCACCGGAAGGACGUGCGAGCGGUGGCCAUCAGUUCCGACAACUACCAGAUAGUGUCCGUAUCGGCCGACGCGGUAAAAGUGUGGAACAAAUCCAGCGGCAAAUGCGUGACCACAAUCACGGAUGGCGUGGAGUACGGCCUGUGCUGUGCCUACGCUCCGGGCGAUCGUUACGUACUCGUGGGCACAAAGUCUGGCCGAUUGCAAGUGUUUGACAUAAAC